UAAAUCCUUAUUGAAUUAAAGAAUUAAUAUGAGUACCACCCAACCUGAAGUAGAUGUCAGCAUGCAAGCUGACCAAGGAGAGAGUAGAGAUAAUCAAUCCGAGUUGAAGGAAAAUGAACUCAAACUAGCCCAGAGUGCUAAAGACAACCAAGAAGAAUGGAUUGAUCACUGAAGAGAACUUGUAGCCGAGUAUAGAAGACUCCUACAGAAUUCGAAGAGCUCUUAUUAUAAAAAGGACGGUGAUGUUGGAUACUUGCUCAGUAUGAAAUGGCUCGACCACUGGAAGAAGUGCAACUACUAUGAUUCUCUCUAUCGUAAUCUUGUCCCUGACUUUGAUGAAGACAAACCGACUGAAAUCGGAGAGAUUUCGAAUGAAUCUUUGCUGAGAGCCAAAGAAGAGUUCAUUAAUGAUGUUGAUCCUAAUAGUUAUUACAACUAUAUCUUGAGGAGAGACUUGAAGAUGAACUAUGACUAUAAGCCUGUAGACGAGGAUACAUGGAAUUUUUUCCACUCUAGAUAUGGAGGGACUACAGUAAAACGUUUUUACUAUAAAUCGUACUCAUUUGGAGCUGAUAUUGAAGCUAAGUUGAAGGAAUUUAAAAUUGUAGUCCUGCCUUCUGCUGAGAACUGGGAUAUUAGCAAUGUAAGCAAGUCGAUGUCCAUCUUCUCUAGCAAGCAUGAUACAUUUGAAGCUUUCUUGGCAAGGAUUGUGGAGAAUCUAAAUUCUGACCAAUACGGAUACAAAUUGUGAAAGGAUAAAAUUCGACCGUGGAAACUCGCCUUUAAUGGUAGUAUUGAAAGAAUCGUAAAAGAAGUCAAACAAAAUCUAGAUUCUAGGCCAACCCCUGUAGACCCAGAAGAGCCAGAUACUGGUGACGAUGAAGAAGAGAAGACUCAAGAAAACACAGGAAUAAAGUUCCCUGGACCAUGCUUAGAUAGCAUGAAGACGUUCACAAUGGACGACUUAGAACUCUCUUCUAAUGAUACUCUUGUUAUCGAAGUUGCUUCUGAGAAAACAGGAAAAUUCAUCUUUAAAUAUGAGAAGAUCGUGAUCCUUUGCUAUGGGAAAUGCGAAUACUGUUACUCAAAUAAGCCACUCAUCUGUCAAUGUAGGUGAGAAGAAGUAAAAUAUUGCUCAGAUGAGUGUCUGAAGAAAGAUGAGAGAUUCCAUAUGGACAAAUGUAAUGCACCCAUAGAUAUUGAUCAUGAUGCUCCAUUCCAAAAGAAAGAUAGAGCUAGAAAUGGACUCACAGGGCUGCAGAAUCUUGGUAAUACUUGAUUUAUGAAUUCUUCCAUUCAAUGUUUGAGCAACACCUAUAUUCUCACGAAGUUUUUCUUGACUGAAAAAUUCAAAGAAGAUAUUAAUACCGAUAAUGUUCUCGGAACUGGAGGAAAACUUGCAAUUCAAUUUGCAAGAUUGAUGAAUGAAAUGUGGAACGAUGAAGCACCAGUAGUCACUCCUUGGAGUUUCAAGAAAAUUGUAGGCAGCUUCCAGCCAAUGUUUAGCGGAUUUGCUCAACAUGACUCUGCAGAAUUGCUCAGUUUUGUUCUUGACGGACUUCAUGAAGAUAUGAACAGAGUGAAGAAGAAGCCAUAUUUUGAAAUGCCAGAUCUUCUUCCAGGAACUGCUGAACAAAAAUGAGCUGAGCUAGCUUGGAAGUAUCAUCUUUUGAGAAAUCAGUCAAUAAUUGUUGAUAUAAUGCAAGCUCAAUAUAAAUCCACUUUGACUUGUCCUAACUGUGCCAACAUUAGUGUUACUUACGACCCUUAUAUGAUGUUGUCUCUUCCAAUCCCACAGAACGAAGUUUACACCGGUCUGUAUUAUUACUUGCCUUAUGAUUCAAAGGUUUGCCCAACGAAGUCUAGAUUCUAUCUCAAGAAGUCAAACACAAUCAUUGACUUGAGAAAGCAAAUUGCAGAACAACUGAACAUUGAUCCAUGGUCAUUUGUGCUGCUUACCAUUGAGAACAAGAGCCUUGAUAGAAUCUUCUGCAAGAAUAGAACCAUUGGCGAGCUAUCUGAACAAGAUGGAGGAGUCUUUGCUUGCCAAAUUGAUCCAGAUGUAUUCGAGAACUGUAAAGAACCUGAAGUGUACAAAAAGCUCAAUCAUUAUAUCAAUUCUUCAGAUUAUGCUCUUGACAUUGCCAAUGAUGAUGACGAUAACAAUUCCAUCUCGAGAGACUGGGUCAAAAUACCUCUGAGACUCAGCAUUAUGGAGAAGCACAAGUAUGCAUACUAUUCGAAGAAAAAGGCUGUAUCAUUCCCAAGAUUGAUCUGGAUAAACAGGAAUUGGGACAUGGUCACAGUCCACAAGAAGGUAUUCAACUACCUCAGGUUUUACUUUGACUUUGAGUUGGUUGAAGGUUUCAAAGACCUUAGUGAAGAGCAAGCCUUUGUCUCUAUCUUUGAUGGUCUCACUGAAGAAAAUUGGGAAGAUAAGUUAGGCUCAGGAGACGACCCAGGAGAAUUCUCUUACUCUCUCCAAGUUGUGAAUACUGAAAGCAGGAGCUAUUUCAAUAAAGGUUUAGAUUUCUUUGGAAAGAAUAACUUUGACAACAUUCCUCUCCCUUAUAGAUCAACUGGAGAUAAAUUCGGAGAAUAUAUUGACCAAUUUUUUAAGGAAUCACAAGAGAAGGACAAGGACAGCGACGAUGACAUGGACUAUGGCUAUUAUGGAUCCAAGAAAGAAGAUAAAUCUAAUUCUGAAGAUCAAGCUCCUCAAGUGAUCAACAAUUUCAAUGACGGUUAUUAUGAAGAAGGAGGUUAUAGAGGACAAAGCAAUAGAAGAAAAACCUUUGAAUUUGAGAUCUUUUGGAACAAAGACAACUUGCAAGCUGCUAUCCAAAAGCUGGAUAGAUGUAAAAAGCAUGAAGACUUUACUGCCAUUACUUACCAAGCCAACCAAUGCAGCAGCGAAGAUAUUACUCUUCGUAGCUGAUUUGAAAGCUUCCUGACUCCAGAAAAACUUGGCAAAGAUAAUGCUUGGUACUGCAGAAAAUGUAAGGAUCAUGUUGAAGCCACAAAGAAGAUGGAGCUUUAUAGUUGUCCUAAUAUUCUUUUCGUUAGUCUAAAGAGAUUCAAGUCAGGCAGAGGAUCCUAUUUCAAGGAUAAGCUUGAAGAUAAAGUUCUCUUCCCAAUUGAAGAGCUUGAUAUUUCUGAUAUAAUUCUAUCAAACAAAAAUGCUGAUGGUACAAAGAAGCAAGAUAUUAAGUACGAAUUGUAUGCUGUCUCAAACCAUUACGGAAAUAUGGGAUUCGGGCAUUAUACAGCUUAUGCUAAGAACCCACUUGAUAAUACAUGGUAUGACUUUGAUGAUUCGAGUGUGACAGAGAUGAAUAAUCCUUCUCAAAUAGUAUCUGAAGCUGGCUACAAUCUCUUUUACAAGAGAACUGAUUUUAGCUUUGAGGGAGAAGUUGAUUUUGAAGCAGUCAAGAAUGUCUGCGAUUUUGAAGAAUUCAAAUUGGAAGUAAGCCAUUACCAAGUCCCUAAGAAGGAGAAGCCAGAGGAGACUAAAGACGCUGGAGAUCAGGACAUGGAAGUUUCAUAA